AUGUCAACCACUAAGGCUAUGCAAAUGGAGCAGACUAAGGGCUUCAACACCUCCGGCUCCAGCGAUGAUGAUGCACCCGACAUAGAGUCUGGCGUUGAAUCAUCGGCAGGAAUUAUGGAAGAGAUCCGACGUGACAUGAAGUCACGCCAUAUUAAUAUGAUUGCAAUUGCAGGGAUGAUUGGAACGGGCCUGUUCUUGAGCUCCGGAUCAGUGAUUGCGAAAGCAGGACCGGCAGGUGCCUUAAUUGCUUACAUUAUAAUGGGCUUCGUCACUGCCGGUGUCUCCUACACUACCGGAGAGAUUAGUUCGUUUAUGCCAUCAACAGGUGGAUUUGUUCGCCAUGCAACGAAAUUUGUCGAGCCUGCGCUAGGUGCAGCUACCGGUUGGAAUUUUUGGUACACAAUGGCCAUCUCGGUGCCGGCAGAGAUAAGUGCCGCUGCUACAGUCAUACAAUUCUGGAAUGCUUCUAUCAACUCCGCGGUUUGGAUUUCUGUGUUCCUUGUUCUGAUCAUAUCGCUCAACUUAUGCGGAGUUCGAUUCUAUGGAGAGUCUGAAGUUGUCUUUGCAUCACUCAAAAUCAUGUUGAUCAUCGGACUCAUUAUCGGCGGACUCGUUAUUGACUUGGGCGGGGCCCCGAAUCAUGAUCGUAUAGGCUUUCGAUACUGGAAAGUUCCAGGGGCUUUUAACACAUACAUUGACCAAGGUUCAACGGGUCGGUUCCUAGCAAUAUGGGAUGUGCUGAUUUCAGCUGCUUUCAGCUAUGGAAACAUUCAGGUCGUCGCCAUUUCCGGUUCGGAGACUCAGAAUCCGCGAAAGAUUAUCCCCGCCGCGACGCGCAAGACGUUUUUCCGCGUUUUCUUUUUUUAUGUGCUCAGUAUAUUCAUAGUCGGGAUGAUCGUUCCUUAUAAUGAUUCGCAACUGCAAAUCUCCACGGGGACUGCACAACAGUCACCAUUUGUGAUAGCUUUCCAACGUUCCGGAGUUUCGGUUGUACCGUCCAUUAUCAAUGCCGUUGUUUGUACGUCAGCAUUCAGCAGCGGCUCAGCUUGUGUCUUCAUUGCCUCGAGGACUCUAUACGGCCUAAGCCAGGAUGGCCACGCACCCAAAAUCUUUCAACGGUGCAAUCGUUUCGGUGUCCCACACUAUGCCGUUGGCUUGACAUGCCUCUUGCUUCCGCUCGUGUAUCUGAAUGUGGGCAGCAAUAGCUCCGUUGUCUUUGGCUGGUUUGUCAAUAUCACGACUGUAGCUGGACUUAUUGGCUGGAUUGUGAUUGAGAUCACGUACUUGAGGUUCUAUUACGGUUUGAAGACCCAGGACAUCUCACGCAAGCAACUUCCAUAUUACGGCCCGCUACAACCAUACAACGCCUGGGCAACUCUAAUCAUGGUUACGCUGAUUGUAUUCUUUUCUGGCUUCGAUGUUUUCGUCCAAGGGAACUUCACGGCCUCUGGAUUUCUGACAUGCUAUCUCAAUAUUUUCAUAUUCAUCGCUUUAUAUGCCUUUUUCAAGGUCUUUAUGAAAUCCAAGGUGAUCCCGCUGUCCCAAUUAGAUUUUGAGAGUGGAUUCCAGUCCAUCCGGGAUGAUGAACAGUAUCAGUCGCGCUCUUCAAAGACUGGCGGAAAUGGAAAGUCAUCUAUGCUUCCUAAGUGGAUGUCUCGGAUCUUUCAUGUUGUCUGA